AUGUCUGAACUCGAUGAGCAGACCCUGGCUUUGAAAGCCGCUCGGGCGAGACCUCUGACUGCCCUUCAACCACGGCCUUCCACCAUUAUACCGUUCUUGAGACGUUUGACGUUCAUCGUUUCGCUCCUCUUGGGAUCAGCAGCUGCUACGUCGUGGAUCUGGUCGACGUUUCUCCUCCCAUUACUUCACGCUACAUUUUCUGCGCGCAACGCUCUGGUGGAACAGCAGAGCGAGAAAGUCACACAGCUCCUAGAGAGCAUAAAGGAGAUCAGGUCGAGACAGAUAUGGAGGAAGCCAGACGCCGAAGAAGCUCUUGAUGACGAAUCCUUCUCCUCAUCCACAUCCCUGCAUUCGCACCCAGCUUCAACACCGCUCCCGCUCGAAUCCUUGACAACGCUUUCGACCCAACUCAGAUCACUCGCUUCUGCUGUUGAUUCUACCUCGACAACACGUACAUCCUUACUAUCAACCCUCGAGAUGUUCACGUCUCAACUCCAUGAUACCACCCUUCGAUCCGUCCACAGUUCGAGCUUUAGUACUGAUUCGCCUCGGAGUGAGGAAUGGAAGGCUGUCCGAAACGAGAUACGAGGGAUGAAGGGCAUUCUCCUUGGAAGGAGGAACUUUGCUCAAGUUGUAUGA